AAACACAAAUUAAUUUCCAUCACCAAAGUCGAUUUUAUUUCCUUAAUAUUAUCGUCCUUACACAAUCACAAAAAUUUGUGUUUCCCUUCCAAACCACAGAGAAAACAUUUUACUCUAAAAAUUAUAUGCUGCUAGUUGUAUAUGGCUUUUGCAGCACAAGUACAACAAACAUACUGCAAUCCUCAAAACACUUGACGACUUGAAUGAACUCUAGACAACCUUAGACAACAAACAAGAAAAGGAGGAAAAAAAGAAGAUUGGAUAUCCCUUUAUUAUCCUCCUGAAAUGCCCACCAUUGGUUUAAGCAAAACACCACUAUGUCUAAGCCUUACUUCUCAAGGACCCAAGAUUCAUUUUUCCCUUUCAACCAAUUCAUUUCUGUAUAGUUUUAGACCCAAGAAGUUUCAUUUCUUGAAACCAUGUUCCUCCCUCAAAGAAACCAAGAAACAGCAGCAGACCAUUUCCAAGUCCCCCACCAAUGCUCCCCAGAGACUGCUCAACUUGAACCUUAAAAAAGAUGAUGAAAAUGAGAGUACUGAGAGUGAGAGUGAUGGUGAUAAUGCAGUUAAAGGUACCAUUUUGGCUGGUCUUUUGCUUGUGGGUUUAGUUGGUGGAUUUGGCGCUGUUGGGUUUGUUUACAGGGACCAGAUCAAUGCUUUCUUGAACCAGUUUUCAGGCUUUAUUGAAGGUUAUGGUCCAGCUGGAUAUGCUAUUUUUGUAGCAGUUUAUGCUGGAUUAGAAAUCCUUGCAAUACCGGCAAUUCCAUUGACCAUGUCUGCUGGUCUUCUAUUUGGCUCUGUCACUGGAACAAUCAUUGUGUCCAUUAGUGGAACGGUCGCUGCAAGCAUUGCAUUCUUAAUUGCGAGAUAUUUUGCUCGUGAACGAAUUCUUAAGCUGGUAGAAGGAAACAAGAAAUUUCUUGCUAUAGACAAAGCAAUUGGAGAAAACGGUUUCAAAGUUGUUACUCUUCUCCGUCUGAGCCCUUUGCUUCCAUUUUCUCUGGGGAAUUAUCUAUAUGGACUUACUUCGGUCAAGUUUGUACCAUAUGUAUUAGGAAGUUGGCUAGGAAUGCUUCCUGGAUCAUGGGCUUAUGUGAGUGCGGGUGCAUUUGGUCGGGCAAUUAUUCAAGAAGAAGCUGAAAUCGGUCUAGGAGGAGGAAACAGUGGCCAGCUAUUGACCCUCGGAAUAGGUUUAUUGUUUACAGCAGUAGCUGCAGCUUAUGUAACACGGCUCGCCAAGGAUGCUAUGAAGGAUUUGGAGUAGAUAUUGGAAAUUACUUGUGCCUUCACCUAGUAAAGUAUAAUUUUGAAAGCCAAAUUGUGACAUGCGUGCCUCCUGUAAAUUCGAAUACGAUAGUUGAUUAAACUAGAUAGGAAAAGUUCAGUUAUUUGCAACUUGCUCUGAUGCAAAGCUAAAUUGAGCCCAUUUUAUUGGAAACAUUAUGAACAUAAAGGCAAAAGAAUUCUUGACCUUGCUUAAGCUUUA